AUGUGCCUGGCUGGGUGCACACCCCGCACGGCGGCGGCGCCAGGACGCGGAGCGCUCCCCAGAGCCCGGCUGCCUCGCUCAGCUCUGGCGACCGCGACCAUGUUCCAGCCCACAGCCAAGCGCGGCUUUACCAUCGAGUCCUUGGUGGCCAAGGACGGUGGCGCCGGCGGGGGCACUGGCGGCGGGGGCGCGGGCUCCCAUCCCCUGGCGGCGGCCGCCUCAGAGGAGCCACUCCGGCCCACGGCACUAAAUUAUCCUCACCCCGGCGCGGCGGAGGCGGCCUUCGUGAGCGGCUUCCCGGCCGCCGCAGCUGCCGCCGCGGGCGCCGGACGCUCGCUCUACGGUGGGCCCGAGCUCGUGUUCCCCGAGGCCAUGAACCACCCUGCGCUGACCGUGCACCCGGCGCACCAGCUGGGCGCCUCCCCGCUGCAGCCCCCGCAUUCCUUCUUCGGCGCGCAGCACCGGGACCCUCUGCACUUCUACCCCUGGGUCCUGCGGAACCGCUUCUUCGGCCACCGCUUCCAGGCGAGCGACGUGCCCCAGGACGGGCUGCUUCUGCACGGCCCCUUCGCGCGCAAGCCCAAGCGGAUCCGCACGGCCUUCUCGCCCUCGCAGCUGCUGCGACUGGAGCGCGCCUUCGAGAAGAACCACUACGUGGUGGGCGCCGAGCGGAAGCAGCUGGCCGGCAGCCUCAGCCUCUCGGAGACGCAGGUGAAGGUGUGGUUCCAGAACCGGAGGACAAAGUACAAGCGGCAGAAGCUGGAGGAAGAGGGACCUGAGUCCGAGCAGAAGAAGAAGGGCUCCCACCACAUCAACCGGUGGCGCAUCGCCACGAAGCAGGCCAAUGGGGAGGACAUCGAUGUCACCUCCAAUGACUAGGGUGGGCAGCCACGAUCCCCUGAGGGCAGAGUGCUGCUCGCUCCUGGCCAGGGCCCCCCGGUGGGCCCAGCUGGACUCUGGCCACUCCCCGGCCAGUGGCGGGGAGGCCUCAAGUCACAGCCCCACAGGGCUUGGAGCCUGGGGCCACCACCGGCAGAGGGACAAAAAUGGGCUGGCUGAGGCCUGGACUGCUAGACCUCCUCCUCGGAGAGCCUGCCUGCGUGCAGGCCGCCACUACUGCAGCAUCCCAGCCCCUUUCCAUUUCUCUUUUCUCCUUUUUGUUUUGAUGCGUUUCUGUUUAAUUUAUUUUCCAGAUGCCCGCUGUAGUUCUUAGUGAGCCCCUUGUGUCUUCCUUCCCCAUGGGAAUAAUAAAAGUCUCUCUCUUAAUGACACAGAAUCCAGCUCCCACCCCAGGGCCCAUGAGCCUGGAGUGGGAGACUCCAGCACUCGGGGCUAGUGGGGACUUGCAGGACAAGCUUGUUCAAGGCCUGGGAGCCUAGGGUGGGGCCUUGGAGACCCAGUUCAUUAACUCCUCUCCUUUGUUGGUGGUCGACCUGGUUUCUAGCUCCAACUCCACGGCAAGAGAAACUGAGGCUAGACAUAGGGAAGGACCAUCCUGUGUAUGAGGGAGGCUAUGCUCAGGUCUUUUCAAACUUAUUGAGUGGUGGGAAUCAGGCCCAGGUGGGUCAGGAGAGAGAUAAUGCGCACACUUCCCCUUGCUUAGAGACUCUGGUGGCUUCUCCAGUUGAGGAGAAACCAGAGGAAAAGGGGAGUAUCGGGGGCUGGGUACAGGGGCACCAUUCACAGAGGCCGACAGUCCCAGCCCCAAGUCCUGGCCCCACCAGGAUGUCCCUGGAGAACCCCCCGGGCAGAUUAGAGCUUCAGAGACAGGGUUGGAAGCUGAGCCUGUAACCUGUCCCCAAGGACUCGGGGCCUCCAGCCUGGGAACAAGCAGCAAGGCAGGGUCCACUAAGCCCUUUAGCUCACCUGCCCUUCAGUUUUUCCACUUGUCUCUCCUGCUUGUCACACAGCAAGAUUUCCUUCAUCCUGAAAAAGCAAAACCUGUAUCCCUAACAACCUUUCCCUUGCAAUGUCUGGACUUGUCUCCUCUUCUUCACUCCCACGUGCUCCCCAACCCUCUCUGCUCUUGGGCCACUGCCCCCCCACUCUACUGAUGCUGAUGACUGCCACCAACCAUAUUUACCGCCACCUCAUUGUGGCCAAACUAUCCUGCCUCCCGUCUGGCUUCACCCGCACUCCAAUCUGCUGGCCAUUCCCUCCUUGACUCCCUUACCCCUCCCUGCCUUCGUUCCGGUACCUCUGACGCCUUCUUCUCCUGCCUCUCUAAGUCCUGUCCAGUCUCGUCCAUGCCUCAUCGCCUCUGUCCCCCCCAGGGUCAGUCCUUUCUCCUCCUGCCUCCUCAUCGUGCCCUCUGCCUGGGGCUCGCAUCCACUUCCAGGACUUCUCUUUGGCUCCCCGGUCCAUGCCUCCAGCUGACCUCUGCUGAGCUGCAGACCCAUCUGCUGCAUUCUGUGCCCCUCAGCACCUCAGACUCAGCACGUUCACGGCUGACUCAUCUUCCCACCAGUUCUCCAGGAUUGCCCACCUUGGCAAACAGCCAAGGCUUCUUCUACUUGGGAAACAGCAUUCAUGGCU